AUAUACAUAUAUAUUAUUAAUUAGUUGCUUAAAUCAAGGAUUUUAUUUUAUACCUAAAUCUUCUAAGAAAUAACUAUUUUUUAGAAUGUGUUGUUAAGAAAACACUAAAACAAGGAAGAAUUAGUUAAUUAGACCAAUAUUUUAAGAUAGGGGUAAACAUCUUUUGGGUUGUUAAAUUUAAGAUUUAAUUUCUAUUUGGUUCCAAGAUUUCGAAACAUGUAGGAUCUUUUUAGGUGGCUAAAGCGUAAUUAGGAUUAAUGUAAAUUGGAGAGGUGAUUAGAAUGUAUGUCAAGUCAAGAAUGAAUUGAGAAAUGUGAUUGUGAAACGAUGGAAACUGAGAUUGAAUUGGAGAAACUGUGGGAAUAGAUUGACUUUUUUUUAAUUAUAAAUUGAAUUUAAAACACGCCAUCAAAACAUAAAGUUUGGGUAAAUUUGAAUUUAUAUUAUGCAUCCAAACAUCUCCAGUUUAUAAGUUAUUGUGUCGAGUUUCAAAGGUUAAAAAUUUAUUUUUGAGGAUUGUUUUUUGUUUUAUUAAGUUUUAAAAUUUAAAAUUUAUACUCAGAUUUUCAUUAAAUUAUCACUUUAACACGGUAGUUGUUGACAUUAAGGUGUUCUAAUUAAUAUAAAAUUAUUGCGAGAAAUCAUUUGUUGGAUUAGCAAAAUAAGUUGAAAUUAUCUGCAUAAUAUAGCAAAAAGGCUGAUUGCUAUAUAUUUUGUAAAUUAUUUCCACUUCUUGCUGUAUUUAAAAAUUACACCCAAAUUCUAGAGGCAACUAACUCAUUCAUUUGUAGGAAAUUGAGAAAUUCAAGGCUAGAUAAAGGGUGACAGUUAGGUAUUUCAUUAUUUUCUCCAUAAGAAAACCAAAUUUGACAAAAGAAAAAGAAAACGUUAAUUAUUGCUUGUGUAAUUUCUAUGGUAUAUACUUUUAUUUGGACAAAAUAAAAUUAUGCAUGCAAUUUUGUAGAGAGAGAGAGAGAGAGAGAAAGAAAGAGUUGACAAUUCAAAUGGAACACUCAAAAAAUUUAAUUAUAUGUUCAAACUUAGUGUAAACUAGACAAAUCAUAUUCAAUUGGAUCACUAUAGCAAAAUCAUUGACAUUUUUUUAAUGGAAUAAAAAUAAAAAUAAAAAACCAAAAAAGGUUAUAAAACAAAAUUUUGAAAAAAAUCAUAAUAAAAUCUUAAGACCAUCAAAAUGAAAAAAUAGUAAAUAUAAUUUUCCACAAGUAAUGUACUAUCUAAAUUUAGCAAUAAAUUAUUUUUUUUGCCUUUAUUUAUCCAUUAUCAUUAUUAUUAUUAUACCAAAAUGAAUAUUUAUUAAAGAAUUAUAUGACAUAAUUCAAAAUUAUAAUUUAUUUCUAAACGGUUAGCUUAGUCACUAACACGUUUGAAAUCACAUUAACAUUAAUUUUGUUUACCAGAAUUAACGCAUUAACUUCCACCAUAAGAAAAAAAAUGAAAAUAAACAAUUUUGUAAAGAGAACUUUAAAUAAUCUUUUUUUUCUUUUCUUUUUUGUCACACAUACCAUUUGAAAAUAUUAAAAAAAUGAUAACAAAUACUAAUAAUCACAUACCAUUUUACAACUUUAUAGUAUAAUAUUUAUUAUUCUAAUUUAAUAAGUUACCCAUUAUAUUUAGAAGUCAAUUCUACGUUGCCAAUACAUUCAUUCUCCACACACAUUCAUAAAUUAUUUAUUUUUUAAAAACAAUUUUAGAUUUAAUAUAUUUUUUCCCUCUCUCUAUAAAUAUACAUUCUUUUAUAUUCUUCUAUCUUCAUCAUAUACUAAAAACAAAAAGAAAUGGAUGCUCCUAACCCUUUUCUUCUCAUAAUUUUCACUUGCUUUCUUUUCCUUCAAAACGCACCGUUUUUUGGAGUGGCUUUCAGUGUAGCUUUUCCAAAAGCAAUUUCAGAUAAGCUUAAAUAUGAUCUUCAAACCAUUAGCUUAGCUUCCAAAGAUUAUGGCUUGAUGGUUCAACACAAUCCUUAUGCCGUUUUCUUUCCUGUGACUGGUCACGACGUCGCCGGCUUGAUCCGCUUCAUGUAUAUGCUUCCGGUCCCCUUGCAUAUCGCUGCUCGAGGUCAAGGCCAUUGUGUUCGAGGCCAAGCGUUGGUUGAUCAGAAUGGUGUUGUUGUAAACAUGACGUCCCUUGGUGGUUUACGACAAAAGACAAGUAGAAUUGUGGUGACGACGACGUCGCCGUUGGGUCCGUAUGCCGACGUUGGUGCUGAGCAACUUUGGAUCGAUGUACUACAUGCAACCACACAGAAGGGUUUAAGCCCUGUCUCGUGGGUGGAUUAUUUGCAUAUUACCGUUGGCGGGACGUUGUCCAAUGCUGGAAUUAGCGGCCAAACGUUUCGGUUCGGUCCUCAGAUCAACAAUGUUUAUGAACUUGAUGUCAUAACUGGAAAAGGAGAAUCCUUGACUUGCUCUCCCACCAACAAUCCCGAACUCUUUUACUCCCUCCUCGGCGGUUUGGGUCAGUUCGGCAUAAUAACCCGAGCUAGAAUCGCUCUUGCUCCAACUCCCACCAGGGUUAAAUGGGUUCGGAUGCUUUACACCAACUUCUCUUCCUUUACAAGUGAUCAAGAGAGUUUGAUAUCUAGAGAUCCAUCCAACGCCCCAGAUUACCUUGAAGGAUUGCUUUUGCUACAACUCAAUGCAGGUGAUAAGUCUUCGUUCUACCCUCUCCCAGACCAACCCAAGAUUUCAUCCCUUGUUUCUCAAUACGGCAUCGUUUACGUCCUUGAACUUGUCAAAUAUUAUGAUCAACAUUCUUCUUCUUCUGUUGACCAGGAAUUGGAGACUUUGUUGGGGGGGUUGAAGUUUGAGGCAGGGAUGAAGUUUGUUAAGGAUGCUUCUUACGAAGAGUUUUUAGAUCGAGUUCAUACCGACGAGGUAGCUUUAAGAGCUUUAGGGUUAUGGGAAGUUCCUCAUCCGUGGAUAAAUCUUUUCGUUCCGAAGUCGAGAAUUGCCGAUUUUGAUUCUGGUGUUUUUAGAGGCAUUAUUCAAAAGCGUAAUCUCACUUCUGGCGUCUUCCUCUUCUACCCCAUGUUCAAAAACAAGUGGGAUGAGCGGACGUCCGCCGUGAUACCCGACGAGGAGGUGUUUUAUGCUGCGGGGUUCCUGCUUUCGAGUGGAUUCAAAGAUUGGGAAACGGUUGAUGGUCAUGGUAGAGAUAUAUUGAAGUUUUGUGAAGAAGCUGGAAUUGAAGUGAAACAAUAUCUUCCACAUUUUGAAACGGAGAAAGAUUGGAUCAAUCAUUUUGGCCGGAAAUGGAGUGUUUUCCGGCAACGGAAGUCCAUGUUUGACCCUAAACAUUUGCUCUCUCCGGGACAGAAAAUUUUCAAUGUUUAAAUUAACUUAAUUAAUAAAAAUUCAAACCAAAUCAAUCAUUUUCUCUUCUCCUCAAUUAUAAUACAUUCUAUUUUCCACA